AGACCUCCAUGCGGCUGCCGGCGGAACAGCCGGCCGCGUCUCGGGCAGCCAUCAGGGAUCUCGGUUUAAUAUCUCACCGUGCAGACUCGCCCUCCCUCUCCCCCUCUCUCUCUCACCGACGACCGAGGUCGGAGAACCCGCCUUUCUCGUCCUCGUCGUCCUCCUCAUGCGCUUUUCUGGAUCGAGGCAAGGCGGUUCUGCGACGCCCGGGCUCGAGCCAUUAAGCUGUGGUUUUUUUCGGUGUUUUAGCAGUGCGCCAUUGGGACCUCGUCACGAUUUAACACGGCAGACUCUCAAAUGAAUGGAGUAAUGGAGGCAACGACGCAAGACCAAGUGUGGGCGCAGGACGACCUCCUGAAACUGCUGGAGGCCAUGAAGGUGGCCCUGCCGCAGAAAGACCUGACGAAAUACAAAACUUCCGAGUCCCACCUGGACUGGCAGAAGGUGGCCUUCAACUCCUACACGGCAGAGAUGUGUAAGCAGAAGUGGCAGGAAGUCUCUAAAGAGAUCCGUAAAUUCAGAACUCUCACAGAGCUGAUAGUCGAUGCUCAGGACUACAUCAAGCACCCCUACAAAGGCAAAAAAAUAAAGAAGCAUCCGGAUUUCCCCAAGAAACCUUUGACUCCAUAUUUUCGAUUCUUCAUGGAAAAGAGGGCGAAAUACGCAAAACUGCACCCUGAGAUGAGCAACUUGGACCUCACCAAAAUCCUCUCAAAGAAAUACAGGGAGCUGCCCGACAAAAAGAAGAAAAAGUAUGUGGAAGACUUCUUACGAGACAAGGAAUCAUUUGUGGUGAGCAUGAUGAAAUUCAGAGAACUGCACCCGGACCUUAUGGAGAGCAUGGCGAAGAAAGGUUCAAAUGUUCCCGAAAAGCCCAAGACGCCCCAGCAGCUGUGGUACAACCAUGAAAAGAAGGCCGUCCUGAAGACACGUCCAGAUGCAACCACCAAAGACAUUAAGGACAGUCUUGGCAAACAGUGGACGCAGCUGUCAGACAAGAAAAGGCUAAAGUGGAUCGGCAAGUCCCUGGAACAGCAGAAACUGUAUGAGGGAACGAUGCGGGAAUACAUCCAGCAGCACCCGGAGUUGAACAUGACGCAGGGGGAUAUUGUGAAGUCCACGCUGACCAAGGCGGAGCGGCACCUGAAGGACAAGUCCGACGGGCGACCCGACAAGCCUCCUCCAAACGGUUACUCCAUGUUCUGCGCGGAGCUGAUGUCGAGCAUGAAGGACGUUCCAAGCACAGAGCGCAUGGUGAUGUGCAGCCAGCGAUGGAAGCUGCUGAAGCAGGGCGAGAAAGACGCGUACCAGAAACGCUGUGAACAGAGGAAGAAGGACUAUGAAAUCGAAAUGAACAGAUUUCUCAGUACAAUAUCAGAGGAGGAGCAGGCGCGGGUGCUGGGCGAGGACAAGGGGGGCUUCAAGAAGGGCGGUGGAGCCAACAGUCCUGCCGCAAAAAAGCAAGCCUCUAAAGCAAAGGUCAAUCCAGAGAAACCCAAAAGGCCCAUCUCUGCCAUGUUCAUAUUCUCUGAGGAGAAACGUCCCAAACUGCAGCAGGAGCGACCGGACCUCUCUGACAGCGAGCUCACACGGCUGCUGGCUCGCAUGUGGAACGAGCUGCCAGAUAAGAAAAAGGAGAAGUAUAAACGCUUGGAAACGGUCCUGAAAGCAGAGUCUGAGAGAAAGGAGAAGGAGGACCGGAGCCGUCUGCCGGACCCGCCCAAGACGGCUCAGGACAUCUGGCAGCAGAGUGUUAUAGGAGACUAUCUGGCCAGAUUUAAGAGUGACCGGCCCAAGGCACAGAAGGCCAUGGAAGCAACCUGGAGCACCAUGGAGAAGAAGGAGAAGAUCAUGUGGAUCAAAAAGGCAGCAGAGGACCAGAAAAGAUACGAGAGAGACCUGUGCGAGAUGCGCUCUCCGGCUGCCGCCGCCAUCGCCUCGGGGAAGAAGAUGAAGUUUGAAGGAGAACCCAAGAAACCCCCAUCAAACGGAUAUCAGAAGUUCUCCCAGGAGAUGCUGUCCAACGGGGAGCUGAAUCAUCUCCCCAUGAAGGAGCGCAUGACCGAGAUCGGCAGCCGGUGGCAGAGGUUGCCCCUGAAGGAGAAGGAGCGCUACAAGAAGAUUGCCGAGGAGAAGCAGAAGCAGUACAAAGUCCUGCUGGAACAGUGGCUCACUAGCUUGUCUUCACAAGAGCGAAAUACUUACAAAGAAUACAACUCACAAAAAAGGAGAAACCUGGCAAAGCCAGGAGGCCCCAAGGCGAAGUCCAAGAAGUCUGAAACGGAGGAGGAAGAGGACGACGAUGACGACGACGACGAUGACGACGACGAUGAUGAUGACGACGACGAUCAGGAGAAGGCUUCCUCCGAUGCAGACUCGUCCAGUGAGGAGGACGAUGAAGACGAGGAUGACGAUGAGGGCAGUGACGACGACGAGGAGGACGACGAAGAGGAGGAUGAAGACGAGGCAGAAGACAAGGAAAACAAGUCGGAGGACAGCAGCAGUGAGUCAAACUCUGGAGGAUCGUCGGACUCGGAUUCAGACUGAAAUGGACCGACGUCACCCCGAGACGAACUAAGCAGCGCUGAGCUGAGCCAAGAGUCCAGGGAGCUCUGCCACUGUGCCAACCCUGCUCUCCUCCCACCACCAGAGGGAGCCCCUGUAUUGCUUCGUCCAUCUCUCACACGCACCCAUUUUGUGUUGCUGGUGGUAACCUGUAUUCGAGGAGGGACACCCCACCCACCCCCCACCCCCCCAAAAAACACAAAAAAAUCAGUUUAAUUCCCUCCCAGGUGUGGUGGCCAUCUCUUAUCACGGGUUAUCUCGCUGACAUUGUACCAAAAACAGCAUUCCACUAGUUUGGUGAGGUCAUGAACAUUUCUACCCCUGAGUUCAGUCACCAUUUGAUAGUUAAAGCUUCAAGUUUUAGUGCGCGGGGUAAUUACUUCCCCUCCGAUGUUCCUUUUAUUGUUCUGGUGUUUGGUUAAGCAGAAGUGGCGUGGGUCGUGAGCCGGCUUCACUGAGCCAAAGAACAGUGCGGUGGGUCACUUUGGCGAGGCGGUGGGGGACGGGGCACCAAAAAAUUGCACUCUUCAGAAUGUUUCUUUUUAAUAUUUUUUCUAGUUGCUUGGUUCUCUACUCAAGAUGUAGAUUUUAUAAUUUGGUUCUUACAGAGGUGGUAUUUUUUCAGGAAAAACAAGUCAAGCCAUUAUGAAUGUCUUUUUUGUUGCUGGAAAAUUUCAGAUCUCUUUACAAAAGGUGUCUGUGAAAUGUUCAUCUCCCAUGGAUUUAUGGUGUUUCAUUGUUUUGCAGCAAUGGGUGCUUUCGGACUGCGAGGAACUUUUUAUAGUUCCUUAACUUUUUUAAGGCGGGUCCCAGUCUUUUAUUUUUUUAUUAUUAUUAUCAUUCUUUUGUUCGGACUACAGGAACUGCAACCAACUGAACUGCUUUUAUACGGUGUUUUUCCCAAUGUGAGUGGAACCAUCUGCUCCACCGUUUGUAUGGUGGUUGGUUGAAUGUAUCAGCGCAACAGCGGAACUUACCAUACCAAAAGAAAGGAAAAGGAAAAUAAACAUCAGCAAAACAUUAGCCAUGUAAACAACAAUUGUUAACGGUAGUCUCAAGGAAUACAGUGACAGUAUUAUUGACGUGAAUCGUCCAUCGGGUACCACCCCUCUGGCUGCAUACUUUGUCACUUCAUCUCUUCCGUCUGCAGUUGAUUUGCUCCCAGAGCAGAAGCUCACCAUGGUUAUCUCGUCUUCUUGUCCCUCCAGGAGCUCCUCAGUCCCCACAACCCUCAGAGACCACAGAGAACUGUUUUGUCCGAUUGUACCCAUUGAAUCAAAGUGGAUGUAAUUACAGUUUUUGACAUUAGUCAGUAUUCAAAGUAAUAAAGGAAGUCCAGCUACAUUCACGGGGACCGUACCUCUUUGCUGUAGUUGUAAAUACAACAGGACAGAAUCGUCAUCUACGAUGGCAUUUAAAGUUGUGGUUGCAAUGAAUCAUUUAAAAAAAACAGCUAUAAAAGACAUGAAAAAUGAUUACAAAUUUAAAUUGUGUAGUUACUAAAACUGUAAACAUCUUACUGUAAUCUCCUAGCUGAUCUGCGACUUGAACUUGCUAAACUUUAUUCAAAAAUGUUCCCCAUCUUCACAAUUUAUAUAUAUUUUUUUUUUUCAACCAGAUGAACAACUAGCAGAACUUGAACUUCCAGACACAUUUAGUUUAUAUGGUUACUUUAUUUCACGAAUAAAGAUGGUUUUCAUGUAGACAUAGUUGUCCAGAGCUGAUUACAUCCACUUAGUUAUUUUUUUAAAACAUCUGGUGUGCAUGAAUAUUCGUGUCGGCGCUGCAGGAAGCAUUUCCAUGUACGUGUGUGUUGGUGAACUGACCCGUCUCAUCCCGUCAAUCCUUCAGUCUUAAACAAUUCCGUUUUAAAUCGGGUAAAUUAGCUUGACCUCACGUUGAUAAAUGGUGUCAAUUGAGAACAUUUCGUUCUUAGUCUGUUUUUUUUUUUUUUAAAGACAACUGUUUUUCUCAUAAUAUUUCAUUGAGCUUCUUUGUUUAAAGGUUUGUUUUAAUUGUGAGUGUUUGUGUGCCAGCCCAUCUUAAUCUGUUGUGGAUGAAGAAACUGAACUUUUUUUUUUUGUUUAGUUAUUCCAUUUCAGAUUUGUCUUUUUAGUAUUGGCUGUUAUCCACAUGAGGUUUUGUCUGAUGCUUAUCCAAAAACAAAAAAAAAAGAGAAGUGUGCACUUAAUGUAAAUGUGUCCCUUUUGCGUUUGUGUGCUUGCAUGCACAGAGCUGUGUAUUUGAGGAGGUGUGUGUGUGUGCGUGCGUGUGUGUUUUUGCUUUAAUGUGCUCUCUUCUUUCUGUUCGAUGUCAUGAUGCGACUGCAGUGUGCAUGCACUGUAUGUGCCUGUGUGGGGACAUCAUCGCAACACCAUGAAUGUAGAUAAUGUCAUUAUUUUUCUUAUAUUUUUAUUUUUCCCCCUCCAAAGGACUUUGCUGUCAAGUGUCUGAUUACCUGAAUAUUAACUGUUGACAAGAUUUAGUUAAUUACUGUAUUUUCGUUCCAGACAGCCCAAUUACAUGACAACUGUUAUUGAUCUGCUAGAGUCAGAUCAUUUUGACCAUUCUCCAUCUCAUCACAGACUGCAACCAAUCCAGCGCGGACUAUUAAAAUAACUGGGGGAGAGAACAGAUAAGUGACUGCUAACAGUGACUGGUGGUAGCUUGUAAAAAGGGAUGUGAGGAGCUGAGUUGCCAGUGGACUUGGAGUAUAAAAACGUGUAAUUUUUCUGUAAAUACAGUUUUGUAUCGAGUGCUGAUUGUUUUGUUAGUAGUUUAAUUUUGCAAACUCUCAUCUGUGAUUCCUGAGGCCAGUGAGUCUUUCACUCACGGGGGAAGACAUCCUUAGUUAGAUUCACCCGUUUUGUUUGUUUUCCACCGUAUGUUGGUUUAUAGACUUAUCUAUAACAGCAAAGCUUUACAAGUUUGUACUGCUGACCAUUUGACAGAAAUUGAUGUUUUAUAUGGCUGAGGGUGUUCUUAUGUCCUUGUAGUUUAAGUAUUUGAGCAAAUAAAGGAAAAAAGGACCUUUUAAGAGACAUAAUUGUGUCAUUUUGAACUCUAGCCGUUGUCGCCACCCAGGGGUGAGUAUGAAAGUCUGACUCAAAAAACGGUUUCAAGUAAAGCAGUUAUUGUCACACCACAAGAGUCUUUGAAUCCUUUCUUUUUAAAUAUACCUGAAAUAUAGUUUCUUGUUUCAAGAAACUGUACUGUUUUAGACAUUUUUUUUGCUAUUU